ACGUCACUUAUGACAUUGACAGUGUAAAAUCAUUUGAGUAACCUUAAAUCAAAUUAAUAAAUUAAAGGGACAUGGCUACUAAAAGAUCAAACCCUUUUGUUGAAGACUUCAUGCCCCAAAGCAAGGUGCAUUUGGGGGUAAAGCAAUUUAAUAACAAUGAAGAAAGACUUCAAAAAGUGUACGAAAAGACCUUGGAACUUCUAUUUCGCGGAGCCAAAAAGUCAUGUCAUGAUUUUAUACGGAAUCAAGAAAACAGUGUAACAAAUAAAAAAGAUGGAAUGAAACAACUUGUCAUUGGGAAAGGUGGUUUACUUGUUCCAUCUGAGCAAAAGAUUGAAGACAAGCCUUUAGAUGUGCGGCACUGUAGCUGUGGUGCGUGUGAGGAGGCGAUCUGCAAGUACUGUGAGAGGUCACUGUGCACCUCCUGUCAGCACUACUGCUGCCGCUGCCACAGCUACCAUUGUUCAAAAUGCUCUUUAAUUGGAUCUGAAGGAGAUGAGAUUUGUGUCUCAUGUUAUGGUUAAAAAAAAAAAAGUUUAUUAAAUAUAAAUUGCUAUGUUAAGCCAUAUUGUUUAUCAUCAAAUUGCAUAAUUAUAAAAUAAAGUUAAAUGUAAUGAUUUAAGGCAAUGCAUAUCACUAUUGUAUUAUUGAUUGUGUCUUAGAGAAAUUAAAAU